AUGGCAGCAGACAAGGGGACAGGAAGGCGCGAUGCCAGCUCAAAUAACAACGAGGAUAGAAUGGUGCCGUCCGCAUUGCUGCAAAGUGCGGAUACACACGAAACCAGGCUACACGACAAGGGCAGGUCUCGCUCGGGUGCAUACGACCACCGGCAACGCUUGGAAGGGGACGUAUACAGCAACGACACGGAGCUUUACAUGGAACCGCUCGCAAGUGGCCAAUUUUCAACCAUACAGGACAUUUACGGCCAGGACCACGUUGCCACACCCAAGGGGCGCCCCAACGUGCCACCGAUGGGCAGCGAGGACGGCUCCUUCCUUAUGAACCGAAUCGCCGACCACAAGGAACAGGCGCUGCACUACGCCGCGGGCAAAUAUGGGCACCUUAUGGGGUACAACAAGCCCCCGAAGGCUGACCAGUUCGGGUUCCCCGUUGGGGGCGACUUCUACCUGCCGCCACCGGCGCAGACGGCGCCUUCGCAGCCGGAGAUCUCUUUCACCUCGUGGAAUCCGCGCGAUUUUUCCAUGUACCAGCUCAGAGCGGUCUGCGGAAACGACAGCGGCAACUCUACCGUUGACGGCGAGUCGGUGGAGGACAGCGAUGAGAUGGUUGGGCCCGACGGCACAAUGCCGCCGGCCAACAAAAGGGACCCCAUCUACACCGCGAUAUCAGGGCUCAAGUGGAAGGCGAAGAGCAAAAAAUGGGUUGUCAGGUGGGACAACCCGAUCACGAACAGGCGCGUGUACAAAUAUUUCAGCGGGCUCAGGUACGGGUUCAUGGAGGCCCACAAACGCGCGAAGUACUACCUCGAGUUCCUCAACGCGUCGGUAGGCAGGCUGGAAGCGCCGAGCGUCGGGAACCCGUUCUGCCGGCGCAUAGAGGGCCCCCCGAAGGGGAAGGCGAACAAGGGGCUGAUGAGGAAGCUCAUGAACCGCAACCGCACCGAUGCCAUCUUCAAACCCAGCAAUAUGAUGUAUGGGUACCACGCCCAGGCGCCGUACAGCAACCCAAUGAAGUUCGAAACGCCACGCGAAUCCAACACGCCAGAACAGCCCAUGUACCGGUUUGGCUCUAGCAUGAACGACCCCUACUGCCUCGCGGAAGCAACCGCUUCCGGGUACUGA